AGAUCCAGAAUUCGAGACUGUUAUUUAUUUUUGUUUUAGCCUAGUCCAAAUCCGGAAGUGAAAAUGCCUGCAAAAUCAACCCUUUCGCUCGCGCGAAAUUUAAUUCCUCUGUUUUGUUCUAGGACAUCGCAAUCACCGUGUCUUUCCGGUCUUAUACGGAACUCAAAUUACCUAGAAAUUCAUUCAAGAAGAAGGUUUUGUUCUGUUACUGCUGGAAACACCAAGAAAUAUUUGGAAGGAACGAGGGACCGGUUCAAUUGCGUUACGAUUGAUGUUGCGCAACAUUGUAAUCAAGUCGUCUGCUACAACGUCAACGACGCAGUGUUCAGCGAUGUUCUUCAUGACUCCAUCGUCAAUUUGCGAGAGGAGGGUCUUAAUGCCGUCUGGCUUCACAUUCCUAUUGCACAAAGUCACCUGACUGCCCUAGCAGCUAAACAAGGAUUCACCUUCCAUCAUGCCGAAGACAACGAAGCAGUACUAUCGCUAUGGUUACAGGACGGCCCGUCCCGUCUGCCAGCAUUCGCCAGUCAUACAGUCGGAGUGUCCGGUUUCGUCCUAAAUGAAGAGAAAAGAGAAGUACUCAUGAUACAAGAUAAACACAGGCUUGCACGUUGGAAGUUUCCGGGUGGUUUCUCGUGUCCAGGAGAGGAUAUUCCAGAGACUGCUAUGAGAGAAGUCCUGGAGGAAACUGGUAUCCAAACAGAAUUUCAGGGAGUCUUGGCCUUUCGUCAGCAACACAACGUUCCCAGUGCGUUCGGUCGUUCGGACAUCUACGUCGUGACCCGCCUCAAGCCUGUGACCUUUGACAUUAAUAUAUGUACCACGGAGCUGACAAACGCAGCCUGGACUCCGGUAGGGGAACUUACGGCAGAAAAUGAACAUACGCAUUUGACUGUUCGCAUGGGUCAGUUGAUAGAGCAUGGGUAUCAAGUAGGUUUUGACAAAGUUGAUAUAAGUAUGCAUAAAUUGCCUUCGGUUUAUAAGGAUAUGACAUACAAGUUGUUUCAUAGACCCAUUUCAAGUAGUAGUUAAUUGCAGCCUAGGGCCCCUUCUUACAAAGAGUUACGAUUGAUCCAAUCAAUCUUAACUCAAUGGAAAUCUAUCAGUGUCAUAAUUUUUUCUACAGGAAAUUUGCAAAAUGUCUUUUGUAAACAAAGAGAAGCACAGCGAAUUUUCAAGAAAACAAUGAAUGCAUGAAUAUACAUCAUAGUAAGAAAAUAUUUUGAACAAACAUGCAUAAUAGAUGUUGAUGUUCCUGGCUUUCCAUAGUUGCAAUUGAUCGGGUCAAUCGCAAGUCUUUGUAAGGUGGCCCCUGGUACUUAUCAUGAUUUUAGGCUCCCACAAUGCCCAGCAUGGAUGCUCAAUCUUCUUUUUCAACACAGGUUGCAGUUAAUUGCAGCCCUGGUACUUAUGAUUUUAGGCUCCCACAAUGCCCUGCAUGGAUGCUCAAUCUUCUUUUUCAACACAGGUUGCAGUUAAUUGCAGCCCUGGUACUUAUGAUUUUAGGCUCCCACAAUGCCCUGCAUGGAUGCGUAACUCUUUUUCAACACAGGUUGCGGCUUGUCAUACCUCAUUUUUUUAGUCCCAUACUAUGCCUAGCCCUGGUCUAUCUUAUUUUUAUUUUAGUUUCAAACCUCUAAAUUUGUUGGAUUUCUUUUUUUUAUAAUUGUAAAUGUAUACAGAGUCCAUCAAACGAAACUGAAUCAAAAGUUUGUCAAGGGAAAUAAGUGAGUGAUUAUCAUUUCAUUAAAUAAAUACAAUUUUACAUCCAUUUAUUACUAUAUGGUCCGAAAAACGUAAAUUGUGACAAUAAUCGUUAGGGAAAUUUGUUUUUAACCUUUGCAGAUUAAUCAUAAUCUAUGAUCUAUAAGCGCCCUUGCUUUUCUGAUAAAUCAGUUUUAUUGUGAAGAAUUUAUGUCAUUAUUUUAAAAUAACAUUUUUAAUGUUGCAAUAGUUAUUGCUCAGGGGUGUUCAUGUUUAUAUAGUGUGUCCCAGGAAAAAAUAUUACUGUCAUUAAAUCUCUUCUUCAAUUUGAGACCAAAUAUUUGUAAAUAUGACACCGUUCUCAUUAACUUUCUGAAACUAGUUCACUGGAAACCGAUUCAGGAAACCAGUUUGGAAGAUCACUCUGCUAGCGCUUUUUCUGGGAUGCACUGUGUAACAUUGCAUCAGAGAGAAUUAAGGUGUAUUUUUGAGAGAUGCAUAUUAAAUGAAUGAAUGAAAAAAACUGAUUAUAAAAUACAUUCAAAAUGAA